GAACACUCGGGCUCUCAUGCGCUUGCAUCAUGCCUGGGAACUUUUCUCCAAUAGGAGCGGGCUUUGAGCUCCUUGGAGGGGGAGACGGGUGACUGCCACCAACAGGACACGCUUCAAAAACACCCAGAGAGCAGAGCACAUCACCUGCUGCGGACGAGCGCGCUGCGGCUGCAACAAAAGCGCUGGAGUUUUUCAAAGCUCACUGAGAGCUUUUGAACAGGCGCAAAACAUGGUGUUUGCACAUUUUGGAUCGUUUUCAAACCUACCGACCUGAAGACGGGACCUUCUGAAACAAAAACACAAUGAGCUCCGUUUCCACGGGGAACUCACCAGUGGAACAGAGGCGUCCGGACUCAGCGGACCACACCGCGGGGAAACUCGACAAUAUCACAGCGUUUCAUUCUUAUUAAAAGGUAUUUUCCACGUCAAUAUCUUCAGAGAUGCCUGCGAGGAACAGGUACAACCUGGUGGACGAUCUGGCGGACUCCAGGAUCCCACUGCACAACGAGGAGGCUUAUCAACAUGGGAUUCAUUUCCAAGCCAAGUAUGUGGGGAGUCUUGACGUGCCCAGGCCCAACAGUCGAAUGGAAAUAGUCGCUGCCAUGAGGAGGAUCAGGUAUGAAUUCAAGGCGAAGAAUAUCAAGAAGAAGAAAGUAAGCAUCAUGGUGUCAGUCGAUGGAGUCAAAGUGGUGCUCAGAAAGAAGCAAAAAAGGAAAGUAUGGACAUGGGACGAGAGCAAGAUGCUGAUCAUGCAUGACCCUAUAUACAGAAUCUUCUAUGUGUCUCACGACUCUCAGGACUUAAAGAUUUUCAGCUACAUCGCAAGAGAUGGCUCCAACAAUUCCUUCAGGUGUAAUGUGUUCAAGUCCAAGAAAAAGACCCAGGCCAUGCGUAUCGUCAGAACUGUGGGGCAGGCCUUCGAGGUGUGUCAUAAAAUCAGCCUGGAGCACGUUGAACAGGACGCAGACGGACAGGCGGACGGACAGACUGACACUGAAGGUCGUGAGCUGACAGGAGUCGACCGUGGGGACACAGAGGAGAGCAACAUCGAAGGAAAACAAGACGAGGGGCCUUCGGAGAGUGAGAGAGCAGUCAGUGAAAUACUGCAAAGCCUGGCUGAACUUAGUGUGGUCAGACCCGGCCAGACUAUAAUAGAUUUUGACAGGGGAUCCGUCUUCACUGUGAUGUCCCAAGGCGCAACUCCCAGCAGCCCUUGCUCUCCGUUAGUCACUCCUCUGGCAUCGCAGCACUAUCUGCAGCUCCUACAGCAACAGCUACAGCAGCAGCAGCAACACACUCAAGUGGCCGUGGCACAGGUGCAGUUGUUGAAGGACCAGAUGGCAGCAGAGACGGCCGCUCGGAUGGAGGCUCAGGCCCGAGUUCACCAGUUACUGCUGCAGAACAGAGACCUGCUCCAGCACAUCACUGUCCUGGUGCAGCAUCUUAAAGAACUGGAGGCACAGUCACCAAAAACACCCACAGCACCAGGACAUACGUCUACUGAGCACGAUGGGCCAACGUCCAACUCGACAUCCAUCAAACCCUUGUCUCUGAACCUGAAGGAUCACUACAGCGAGUCCUUGGAUCAGCUCAUCUCCUCCAUGUCAUCCUGGCCCGUCUCUCCUGGUCCGAUGGACAGCGCCGAGUCCUACCUGAACCUGCUCAACCUCUGCAACAGCAAUAAACCCGAGGCUGCGCUCACCGGCGACCCUUUUAUUAAGACCAACGGCGCCGCAGACAAUAAAGAGACCAGUAAUGAGAUUGUACCGUACACGUCACGGAACUCCACCAGCACGGAUGAAAAGUGUCCAAUCCCCAAACUUGACCCCCCUCCGCCCUCCGUGAGUCGUAAGCGAGCCAGCAGGACCUUGUCUCCGAGUUCAGAAGCCGCCUGUGGGCCGCUGCCUCUGGAGGUGAGCGCUAAUGAUGACGCCCCCAGCCGCUGCAGCAGUUUGUCUUUCCCCGACAUCACCCCGAGCCCCCUGUCCUCCGGAGACUUCCACUCCUUCAAUAAUGGGGAGACCAGCUCCUGCUCCACCAGUGAGGACUCGGGGGUGCGCUCAGAAACCAAGUCACUGUUCUCUCCCCUGUGCGACGAUGACAACCUGUUUGGAGAGCGGAUGACAUUUGUAACUGCUACAAGUGGCUGUGAAAGUCCCCCUGAGGAAAGGAGAGAAAACACUAACUCUCCAUCUGAGCUGAAAUGCCAUUUGGACUCAGAACAGUCCAAUAUGAAUGACACCUGCCUCCACAUCAGUUUCUCUGAUGAAGAGCUGCUAGAGAGCACCCAGGAGACGACGAAUGGCCCUCAGAGGGGUUAGAAAAUGUACUAUUUUUAUCUAUAUUCACCUGACACAUGCGAUAUGCAGUGGACUGUUUCAGGGCGUUCGCUCUUUUCAUUCACUUGUUACAAAAUCAUCUCAGAUUGCAAUAUUUUCUUGUAUAAUUCUAAUAAUAAUAGAGAAUGAAAAUUAUUAGUAUUUUUGUAAGGGAAUUUAUGAUUUAGUUUGAAUUUUAGUUUGUGUUAAGGUUAUUUUUAUGUAGCUACUCUUGCACUGUUAAAAUUGCAUAAUCUGUGCACAUGUAGUAGCACAUCAAUAGUUUGUGUUUGGUACAACAUUUAGGUUUAGACUGGAACCUCAGUGGCAAAUGAAGGAGCCAUUCUUCCUCUUUUUACUGGUUAGUGGUCACUCGCCUGGAGCUUGCCUCUGAUAAAGCUGCACAUUAGGGGAGAAUAGAGUUUGGCCCCAAAUUUUGGAGAUCUGGCUAAUUUAGUUUAUGGGCACAGCACAUGCUCAGCUCUGCAGGUUUCAGCACAGCAUGUGUUCAUCAUUGUUGUGUGGCACUAUUUAAAGAGGAGAACUAUACUUUCAUGCAGCAUUACAGUAAUAUUUAUUGCUCUGUUACAUUGUGACACAAAACAUAGUCUACCAAACACAAAUUUUGUACGUUUUGUGCUGUGUAAAAUGCAAAAGGGAACACAAUUUCUACUUAUUUUAGACACGUUUUGUACAACUUUGUCAUUGUGAACUGACUAUCAUGCUCUAAAUGUAAGGCCAGAGAUAUUAGGAAGCAAUGUCUGCACUGAGUGAUGAAUAAAUGGGAAAAUUUAAGUGUUUUUUUGCUUUUUGUUUGUUCGUUUGUUUGUUUUCAUUAUUUGUACUUGAUUGUGCUUUUCAGAAUAAUGAACAAUUCUGUCAGCGAUAAAAGGAGCCUUGUAAGUAGCAGCUGUACUGGGAGAAAUAGAGUGUUCUGAUGAUAAAUACAGUGACAAUGUGACGUGUAUUUAUAUGUGCAGCCUUUGUUAAAACAGGUGGAGUUGAAAAUCAAAGGUGUAAAGAAACAUGAGGUGUAAGAUGCAGGCAUGUGGAGAAGGUGUGAGUGAAAAGGAUUUUAGGCAAAUCCUUUCACACGUGAAUUGAGGCCUUGCAAUGUCACAUGUGCCAUAACGAGCAACACUAAUAAAGAGGUG